AUGCUGUUUUUGUACUACUGGUUGAAUGGUGCUACGGCAAAGCAGUUGGGAACUUAUACAGGAUGGGGAACUAAUAAGGUUAGACUAUGGGUAAAGUACGUCCACGAGUUGGUCUGCUCUGUGGUGCUCAGCGAGCAAGGAAUGAUUGGUGGAGAUGGAGUAGUGGUGGAGAUUGAUGAGAGCAAGUUUGGCAAGCGAAAGUAUCACAAAGGGCACCGAGUGGAGGGUGUCUGGGUAUUUGGUGGGGUGGAGCUGACUGCUGAGAGGAAGAUGUUUGCUGUGACGGUUGAUCAGAGAGAUAGUGACACAUUGCUGCCGCUGAUUCUCAAGUUCAUCAAGCCUGGCUCAAUCAUCAGGAGCGACUGUUGGCCAGUCUACUUUUCCAUCGAGAACCUUGAGAUGGACCUUGGGGAUGGCUUGUCCCUGCCACUUUACGAGUGGGAGGGCGUGAACCAUUCCAGGCACUUCAAGAACCCAGAGACUGGUGUGCACACCAACACCAUCGAGGGGACAUGGCAUGGAGUUAAGAGGAUGGUCCCAAUCCGGAAGCGAACCAAAAAGCAGGUUCAAGGCUGUCUCUUUGAGUUCAUUUGGAGACGCCGGAAUGAGGGCAAUCUGUGGAACGGCCUCAUGGCAGCUCUCAGGGAUGUCCGCUAUGAAUAUUAG